AUGAGAGUCGGCGGCGGGUUCCUGAGCGGCGGCGGCGGCGGCUCCGGCAGGCGGGCGGAGAUGGAGCCCAGCUUCCCGCAGGGCCUGGUCAUGUUCAACCACCGGCUGCCCCCGGUCGCCAGCUUCGCCCGGCCGGCCGGCCCGGCCGCCCCUCCCCCGCAGUGCGUGCUCGCCCCCCCCGCGGCCCCGGCCGAGCCGCCCCCGCCGCCGGCCCCGGACAUGACUUUCAAGAAGGAGCCGGCGGCCUCGGGCGCGGCCUUCCCGGCGCCGCGCGCCUCCUGGGGCUUCCUGCAGCCGCUGGUGAGCAUCAAGCAGGAGAAGCCGGCCGAGCCCGACGAGCCGCCGCAGCACCACCACUACGGCGGGCUGUUCGCGGGCGCCGAGGACCGCGCGGCCGGCCUGGGCGGCGAGGGGGGCGGCCACGGCGUCAUCCAGGACCUCAGCGUCCUGCACCCGCCGCCGCCGGCCGCGCACCCGCGCGACGGCCUGCUCGGCGGCGAGGAGCCAAAGCAGGACCCGGCCGUCAAGAAGGCCAAGAGGCCAAAGCCAGAAUCUCAGGGAAUCAAAGCCAAGAGGAAGCCCGGCGCAUCCUCCAAACCGCCUUUGGUGGGGGACGCCGAGGGCGCCGUCCUCUCCCCCAGCCAGAAACCUCACAUCUGCGACCACUGCAGCGCGGCCUUCCGGAGCUCCUACCACCUGCGCAGACACGUCCUCAUCCACACCGGGGAGAGGCCCUUCCAGUGCAGCCAGUGCAGCAUGGGUUUCAUCCAGAAGUACCUCCUGCAGCGGCACGAGAAGAUCCACAGCCGAGAGAAGCCCUUCGGCUGCGACCAGUGCAGCAUGAAGUUCAUCCAGAAGUACCACAUGGAGAGACACAAGAGGACGCACAGUGGAGAAAAGCCAUACAAGUGUGACACUUGCCAGCAGUAUUUUUCCAGGACCGAUAGACUGCUGAAACACAGGCGCACCUGUGGUGAAGCCAUGGCUAAGGGAGCCCCGAGUGCAGAACCGGGCUCAGCCAGCCACAGCAACAUGGGGAACCUGGCCGUGCUGUCUCAGGGAAACAGCAGUUCUUCGCGGAGAAAAUCCAAGUCGAAAAGCGUAGCCGUUGAAAAUAAGGAACACAAGGCCGGCAAAGCCCACGAGUCGCCUCUUGCAAACAGUAUAAGCAUGCAGACGUACUCCGUGGAGAUGCCCGCGAUGUCUUCCAGCGGAGGCAUAAUUGGCAGCGGUAUCGAUGAACUUCAGAAAAGGGUGCCAAAACUGAUCUUCAAGAAGGGAAGCAGGAAGAACACAGACAAAAGCUACCUUAACUUUGUGUCGCCGUUACCAGACAUAGUUGGACAGAAGUCUUUGUCUGGGAAGCCAAGCAGCUCCCUCGGCAUAGCAUCGAAUGCCAGUGCGGAGGCCAUUGGUCUUCUCCAGAGCGCCGGUGGCAAACAGGGCCAGAUGAACAGCAAUUACGAUGAUGCCAUGCAGUUUUCAAAGAAAAGAAGAUACUUACCUACCGCCACCAGCAACAGUGCCUUCUCCAUCAACGUGGGACACAUGGUCUCCCAGCCGUCGGUCAUCCAGGCUGCAGGGGUCAGUGUGCUGGACAGCGAGGCCCCACUGUCGCUGAUCGACUCCUCAGCGCUGAACACGGAAAUUAAGUCUUGUCACGACAAGUCCGGCAUUCCCGACGAGGUCUUGCAGAGUAUUUUGGAUCAGUACUCCAACAAGUCGGAAAGCCAGAAAGAGGAUCCUUUCAACAUCACCGAGCCACGAGUGGAUUUACACACCUCAGGAGAGCACUCAGAGUUGGUUCCAGAGGAGAACUUGAGCCCAGGCACCCAGACCCCUUCCAGCGACAAGGCGAGCAUGUUGCAGGAAUACUCCAAAUACCUCCAGCAGGCUUUUGAAAAAUCCACUAAUGCAGGUUUUACUCUUGGACACGGUUUCCAGUUUGUCAGUUUGUCUUCACCUCUCCACAACCACACUUUAUUCCCAGAAAAACAGAUUUACACUACGUCUCCUUUGGAGUGUGGUUUCGGCCAAUCUGUUACCUCAGUGUUGCCAUCUUCAUUGCCAAAGCCUCCUUUUGGGAUGUUGUUCGGAUCUCAGCCAGGUCUGUAUCUGUCUGCUUUGGAUGCCACCCAUCAGCAGUUGACACCUUCCCAGGAGCUGGAUGAUCUGAUAGAUUCUCAGAAGAGUUUAGAGACUUCAUCGGCCUUCCAGUCCUCAUCUCAGAAACUGACUAGCCAGAAAGAACAACAGAAAAACCUAGAGUCCUCAGCCAGCUUUCAGAUUCCAUCUCAGGAGUUAGCCAGCCAGAUAGAUCCUCAGAAGGACAUAGAGCCGAGAACAACGUACCAGAUUGAGAACUUUGCACAAGCCUUUGGUUCUCAGUUUAAGUCGGGCAGCAGGGUGCCGAUGACCUUUGUCAGUAACUCUAAUGGGGAAGUGGACCAUAGAGUCAGGACUUCCGUGUCAGAUUUCUCAGGGUACACAGAUAUGAUGUCUGAUGUGAGUGAGCCAUGUAGUACGAGAGUUAAGACACCCACCAGCCAGAGUUACAGGUAAGGUCCCACAGGUGACCAGGCUGGAGGUCUUCUAGUGUAACUUUGUGUUGUUUUGAGAACACUGCCAUUGGAAUGUUUGUACACGAUCCUAUUGAGAAUAAUGUAAUGCCCUUUCAAUGCAACUUUCAUAUUUAGUUUAUUUUGUUAGCGUGAUUUUAGCUCUGUUUCUAUUAUGAUUUUUAAUCAAAAUCAAUAGAUUAAAAAUAGUUUGACAUUCAAAGUGACAAUGUUUAGCAAUCAAAUUUACAUGUAUAGAUUGUCAGGGAAUAGCCCAUACGUUUUAAAUGCAAAAAAAAAACCCACAAAAACUCACAAAAAAUCCUACAAAAAAAAAAAAAAC